AUGUCAAAUAAGUCCUCAACGCCAUCGUCAUCGUCCACCUCGCUGCGAACAACCCCCUCAGCUUGCACCACCACUCCAGCACCACCAACAGGCACUUCAAAGGGCCAGAUCCACGUUAAACUCAUCUCCGCACGUUCCUUAAACAUCUCAUCGAUAAAUGCUCGUCCCUAUGUCGUCGUCCAGUUCGAGCAGAACGAGUUCGUCAGUCGAGACCCCACCGAUGAAACGGACAAGGAGGUCAAGGGAAUUGCCACGGCUCUUUCUAGAGUCAGCUCUUCAAAUGCUCUGUCAGCUCUUACUGCCAUCGGCUCGAGAGGUCCUGUCGACACAGCAAAGCGGGGCAAAUCCAGUGCCGGAAGCACUCCAGCCUCAUCACUCUCAUCGUCGGGGAAACCGCCAAUAUCUCCCGCAGCAGCCCCCGGGUCUGCAAAUGGUUUAUUUGGUCGUUUAUCUGCACACAACCCUGUGUGGAAACACGAGGUGUCAUUUGACGUUACUUCCGAGGAAUCCCUCAUUACAUUCAAUGUAUACGAUCGUGCCGUAGAAGACCACGGCUUUCUGGGCACAGUUCAAAUCAAGCCCGCUCUCGUUCAUGAUCACACCGUGGACCAGUGGUACAAGCUCCGGCCGUUCGAGAAUGAGAUUGUAAGCGGUGAGAUGCGUGUACAAGUCACGUUCGAGCAGUACAAGACCAAGCGCGCACUUACUCCAAGAGAUUUCGAGUUUUUAAAGCUUAUCGGCCGAGGGACAUUCGGCAAAGUGUUUCAAGUGCGGAAGAGGGAUACUAAGCGUAUAUACGCAAUGAAGGUCCUAUCGAAAAAGGAGAUCGUGGCCAAGAAGGAAGUCGCACAUACGAUUGGCGAACGCAAGAUAUUACAACGUUCGCUAGAGUCCCCUUUCCUCGUUGGUCUCAAGUUCAGCUUUCAAACCGAUGCGGAUCUGUACUUGGUGACCGACUUCAAGAGCGGAGGCGAAUUGUUUUGGCAUCUGCAAAAAGAAACUCGAUUUAGCGAGGAACGGGCACGAUUCUACAUCGCCGAGCUGAUCCUGGCAUUAGAGCAUCUACACAAGUACAAUAUUGUUUAUCGUGAUUUGAAACCCGAAAAUAUCUUGUUAGACGCGACAGGCCAUCUUGCACUGUGUGAUUUUGGCCUUUCCAAAGCCGAUCUCCGGUCAGAUGAGCUAACCACCACGUUUUGCGGGACUACAGAGUAUCUGGCUCCAGAGGUGCUUCUAGACGAACAUGGAUACUCAAAACUAGUUGAUUUCUGGUCACUCGGUGUUUUGUUGUUCGAGAUGUGUUGCGGCUGGAGUCCUUUUUAUGCAGAGGAUACGCAACAAAUGUACAAGAACAUAUGCUUCGGAAAGAUAAGGUUCCCGCGAAACGUUAUCAGCGAAGAUGGGAAGCAAUUCGUAAAAGGGCUCCUGAACCGGAAUCCGAAGCAUCGCCUCGGUGCGCAGCGUGAUGCAGCAGAUUUGAAAGAGCAUCCAUUCUUCAAGUCUAUAGAUUGGCAAGCACUGUCGCUCAAGCAAGUCACUCCACCAUUCAAACCUGUUGUCGAGUCGGAUGAGUCGACGGCAAACUUUGAUCCUGAGUUUACCACAGCAGAUAUCCGGGAAGUUGGAGUUGAUCAUAUGGAUUUGGACGAGGAAGAUCCAUCAGAGGAUUGGACCUCGCGGUCGAUAACUGUGUCAGGUUUUGUGCAUACGCCGAACGGGCCUUUAGGGAGUGACAAGAAUGGCAUCAGCCCGAUCACCCCUCUCGGCCUCCCGACUCAAGUGAAUGCGAGCCGGAGCCAGGGCAUACAGAUAUCGAAAAAGAAGAAGAAAGAGGCCGCUGGUAGUCCACUGACUAACAGUGUGCAGGAGAACUUCCGCGGAUUCACAUAUUCUGGGGAGAGCGUGGUCACUCCCAACGGAAUUUUAGGACAUAGUGGAGUGGUGGGAGAUGACGAGGCUGUGGAUGAUGAAGAGACGCAGGAGCCGACAACGGAAGACGAAUUUGAGGAUGAAGAUAAUUUUGCGGGUAGGUAUUCGACUGCCAGGCGGCAAGGCGUUGUGGAUGAAGAUAUGCGUGUUUAA